CCCUACCUUCACAGCUUCAUUUGCUUUCAAAGCUGCGAUUCGAUUCCACCCCUUCGUUGAAGAGUUCCUCUGGGAUAUCUUUGGGUUUGAUGCUCGGGAACCGUUGAAUAGGAUCCAAACCUGGACACACCGCCUGAUGCUGGGAGUCGUCGCCCAGAUGCCUACUGACUUGCGUCGACAUGAAUCGACAUUCGAGCUAGAGACCGACCACGAAGCUUCAAGUAAACGGUCAGGAAUCAUCAAGUUGUCCAUUGACAUUCCCUCCUCGCAUCGUCCGCAAGUCGCAGCAGAGUCGCAUCCACCACCGAGAUGGCGGACACCGGAGUUCAUCUUAUAUGGGCUCGUAUUCUGCGUGGUGGUCCCUAUGCUGGCCUGGGUUCCCAUCAGUCUGAGCUCAUCGUCGCAUCCAAACUACAAUACGUAUCGUCGACGCCUACAGCCGGGCUGGCUCUUCGGUCGACAGCUGGACAACAGCGAUGCACAGUACCGCUCGUUCCGCAAUAAUAUCCCAUCACUUAUUCUCCUAGCCUCUGCGUUCAUCGGACUAAAGCAUCUCUACACCAUCGUGCUUCGUCGUUCUCGCGAUACCCAGCAAACCAGUCGAUCUUACUUAAUACCCUACUUGUUCACGUUCUCCCUGCUCAUGCUCGCCGGCCUCCACGGCACGAGCAUGUUCAAGAUUCUCCUGAUCGUCUCCGGCAACUACGCUAUCGCAAAACUCGCGAAGGGGUCGAAACUGAACCCUUUGCUGACUUGGGUCUUCAAUGCAGCCGUUCUGUUUGCGAAUGAGCAGAACGAGGGCUACCGCUUUGGAGCUCUUCAUCCGUCCCUCGAAUAUCUGGACUCUGUCCCGGGUAUUUACCCUCGAUGGCAUGUCAGCUUCAAUAUCACAAUGUUGCGGCUCGUCUCGUUCAAUAUGGACUACUACUGGGCCUGCAACAAAGUCGGUCCAUCUGACACGUAUUCUUACAUGAACUACAUCGCAUACGUGCUGUACCCGCCACUGUACAUCGCAGGCCCGAUCAUGGCGUUCAACGACUUCAUGUGGCAGGACACAAAGGCCUGGGGCGGGGACACCGCGGCGCAAUUGUGCAUGAUCGCUCCUGAUACCUGGCGGUUCUUCCGCCUGUGGGCCCUGAACAUGGUUCGGUGCAUGGCGAAAACUAUCAACGUUCGGGUUCUGGAGAGCGUGGCACGGAGCUACAAUCUAUGGAUCAUCCGGAACGAAGAAGUGGCCUUCACAUCGCUGCUCAUCUUCUCGUUCGUCGCUUUGUGGCACGACCUUUCAUUCCGUCUGCUGGCAUGGGGCUGGCUCGUCACGCUGUUCAUCAUCCCCGAGUUGAUCGCUCGUUAUAUCCUACAUCCACUAAGGUAUUACGGAAGCAGGCCAUGGUACAGGCAUGUCUGCGCCAUCGGUGCGGUGUUCAACAUCCUCAUGAUGAUGGCGGCGAACCUGGUGGGCUUCGUUAUCGGGACUGACGGGGUCUCGUACAUGCUACAACAACUGCUUGGUACGACGGAAGGCGUCCAGUUCCUACUGUUCGCGUGUGCUUGCUUGUUCAUCGGUGCACAGGUGAUGUUCGAGUAUAGGGAAGAGGAGUUGCGCCAGGGUAUUGUGCGACGCUGUUGACAGAGGCUAUAGACAUGCCUCAGAAGUGCUAUACACUCGCAACGGACCAGCGGGUUCGACAUGUUUCCCGAGCCGGCAACCCCGGUCAUCAUUGUGUCAUAGCCACCAUGGGAUACUGGGAAAAGGAUCGCCAUCAAUUACGACGGCCGUG